ACAGCUCUCAUAUUUUAGAUAUUAUUAAUGUCUAAAAAAACUUUGAUUUCGUCACUGACUCACUGAUGAUUGUCAAAUCCCUUAGGGUACUUCUUGAAGUCCUAGGCAGCUGAAAUUUGGUAUGUAGGAUAGUAUUAGUACACAAAAAACAAAUAAUUCAAAAACAUGACAUUUUUUAGCCCUUAAGGGGGUCCAAAGGGGGUUGCAUUUUGUAUGGGGAAUCAAUAACCGCUGAAUCGAUUUAAGUAGUUGAAAUGUGGUAUAUAGAUAGUUUUCGUUAUCGGGAAGGAUAUAGAGUAGUUGUCAACCCGGUGUCAGUAGGGCGCUAGGGCGAAAAGGGGGUUGAAGUUUGUAUGGGGAAUUAGUAAAAAAAGCAGAUUGUAUAAAAGAUGCCCCCAGAUACGUAUUUAAGGAUUUUUAAUAGUAAAUCACCUCCAACUCUUUAAUCUAGGGUAUGGAAGAUUGUCAUAAGCAACAUACAAAAAGAAGUGAAAUCCCAUCAAAAACAUGUUCAUGUAAAAUGUUGCCAAGACCAUAAGGCUCCUCCUGUUAAAAAGUGAUCAGAUCUCUUGUAGAGUCAAGCUUCUAACUUUACAAGCCCUAACAUCACAAACUCUACAACUUAGUCAAAAUAUGUGGCUGUCUCGUUACUACAUGAAGUAUUGUAUAAUAAAAAAUAAUGAAUAGUGAGUAAACACAUUUUCACCCUACGCUCGUGGAACGGUAGCAAAACGGCCGAGCCAUAUAUUUUGACUAAGGUGUAGAGUUGUGAAGUUAGAGCUUGUAGAGUUAGAAGCUUAGCUCUACAAGAGAUCUGAUAACUUUUUAACAGGAGGAGCCUUAUAGUUUCGUCUUGGCAACAUUUUACAUGAAAAUGUUUUUGAUGGGAACAGAUUUAUAACAUAUUAUAUUAGCAACGCUGCGGUAUGUGGGGAAGAACCGAACAAAACUCCAAUAAAAGAAAGUGAGCUGAGGAAUUUGACCGGCUGUCCAUAAUGGAACUAGUAGGAACCGAAGAAUACUUUUUAUCUAUUAUGUACCUAUUGAGUUUCUAUGUACCUACUUACAACUUGCACGAAUAAGUCCAAGGGUAGUCAUUUUGUGUCAUACAAUUUUAGGAUAGCUAGGAAAGGUAUCUAAGUAAGAAUUAGGUUAAGUGGCUAGGCUGUGGUCUCUCCAUCCAAAGUAGUUUCUUUUCUUUUAUAGUACUAAGUUUGAGUUUAAAGAUAUACCUAUUGUAAAAGCUAAAACUGCAAGUAAGCUUCUUUUUACAAAAACAAUCUUAGUAAGUAAUAAAAUGAUCAAAAUUUCAAAUUCAUAAGUGUUGUCCUUUGCCGGUUACGGUCUCUGUCAAAUUUUAGAACUCGUACAAUUUUUGACUUUACCUACUUCAUUAGUCUACUAUCAUCAAUAAAUUAUUUAUGGGAAUUACCCAUGUCUAUAGAUCUUCUCAAAUCUCGCAUGGGAUCUGCUCCCGCGCAACGUGCGGGCCAUGUGCCCGUCCGGGCCAGUCCGCCGCCGCUCGCCGCGUCGCCAUGCCGCGUGCUACACUUAUGCUGCUACUGUGCGCUCUUGCGCGCGCCACUAUAAUUGCCGAUCAGCCCACCCUCUCCGACCGCCUCCGAAAACUUUAUGAGAAACUCGACAAUUUCUCGCCGAAAGCAUCCGAACCGUCUCUUGACCGUAUAGGAAAGCCGUACGAGAAUCCAGUAAAAACCUCCCAAAGCACUCAAAGGAUGGAUAAGUUGCACGAAAAGCUGGACCGCCUGAAUUCUUUGACGCCGGACGAAAGUAAUUUGAAGUAUCUGUCGGAUGAUGAUGAGGAGCUGUUGGAUGCUCUGCAGGAGUGGGGGAUGCUGGAUGACGACAUCGGCGCAGAGGCGAGAUACCUUCAACGGCUCAAGUUGGAGGACGCAGACUAUGACGAUGAGGAUUUAGACAUGGAUGAUGACUAUGCUAUGGACGACGGUGAAGACCUGGACCCAGAUGACCGGGAGGGCACCACCGCUAAGACCGUAAGGUUCCCAACCCCUUCGGCUCUGAACCGCCUGGAAAGACUUGGAACUGCCUUUUCAGCCCUGUCUGCAGUGGGUGACACCAGGUCUUUGGCCAGAGAAAGUCCUCAGAUUGUGGAGUUGGAAAAUGUGGUAUCGGCAGUAGACAGCAUAGCUGCGACCAAAGAGAGACCCAGGAUUUUAGACGAUGCAUCGCUGACAAAACAAGAGCAAGCGGGUGUGGCGCGAGCAGCACGCGCAUAUUUGUCGGCGAUGGUGCCGCGCGGCAAGUGCAUCACGCCGCAGCCUCGGUGGUUGUCCGUGCGGCACAUGGCCCCCGCAUCUGACACCCUAUACCGGCCAACUUGCGUGCUGCUCCACCGCUGCGCCGCCGACACGGGCUGCUGCCACAACGAGGAGCAGGUCUGCGCGCCCGUGGAGGGCCAGUACGUCAUUAUCCCCCUAUACUUAAGAAAACCAAGUGGGCUCAUGGUAGCGCGCAUGCAGUUCUUCAACCACACCCGCUGCGCCUGCGUUUCCCAAGAGACAUUGCAGACUGUCCCACGAGCACCUCGCCGACACUUUCCAGAGUACCACAGUCAGGGCCAGGAGAACUAUAGUCUCAAUCAGGAGAACACCAUCCAAGACAGGCAAGACAAGCGCCAGGUUGGACCACUAGAAGCGAGAGAAAGACAGGAAGAGAUGGAGAGCACGAGUGCGAGCGCGAGCCAGAGUGAUUGGCCCACGCAAGAGCCUAAGCAGGAAAGCGAGACCGCUGCGCCACCACAGCUAAAAAGAUGCACCUGCCCGACGUUAUUCUUAGCCCGCGCGUCUGACGCCGGCUGCGUCUGCGUGUGCGACUGGAAGGACUUGCAGCGCAGGCGCGACUGCAUCUCUCUGUCCCGCGGACGCGAGCACUUUGGUCUGAGAGACCGAGUGUGCGUGGGCACUGGCGAUUGCAACCCGCCCACUUGCGAAUACGGCGCGUAUGAGAGGAACUUUGGAAGGUGCCCCCUUAAGAGGUUUAGGAGGGGCAGGUUUAAGCCUGGGAAGUACUUAGACAGAACGUUAACGGGAAGUUAGAUGUUAUUCACAUUUUUAUUGGGUUUUUCAAAUUUCCAUCUAAUAAGUAGAUACCAGUAAAUGUAACAGAAUGUUGUAUUAAAACCAAACAAUUUUAUCGAUCAUAGAUGAAACCAGAAAUAAAAGGUAAUUUAUAUUUAUUUUCUUUCGUUAACUUUCUUAUACCUUAAUAAUUUUUGUGAUUUAAUAAUUUUGAGCCGUGAAUUGACGCCAGGGGAUAGUAAUUUAUGAAACAUUUCCCAAAUCUGUAAACCUCCUACUACUAUUAUUUUCGGUAAAUGUGAAAGUCUGUUGCGGAAAGAGUCGUGAAUUUUAUGGGAACCAAUACAUUUUACAUUUCUGUUUCCGCACAGACUCUUUAUUUGGUUAUUUGUAAGUUUUUCCCUCCAUAAUGAACUUACUUACAACAAAGAUAACUGUACGCUUAUCUACAACUAUGUACAUGAAAUAAUAUAAACGCCAACGAAUACCCUACCGCUAAUUUUGAAUAAUAUGAUUUGGAAUGUUCUCCAGUGAAAACACUUUAUAGUUAGGGCGGCGAAUAGGGGAAUUUUCGGUAAUACUCGAGCGUGGCAGUUUAAGAUAUGAGAGAUACCUUAGACCUAAUAGAACAACCUUGUAAAGUAUUUAGCUCUAUAUGUAGUGACGCGCGCCUAGGAUAGACGAUCAGAUUAGUAAAAAAAAAUCGAUAGUCUGAAAUACUCGAGCGCGCCAGAUUAAGAUAUUGGGGGUUGAUUUUAGUGUUUUAAGACUAAAUUUAACUAAUCUGACGAUAAGUCCUUGACGCCGCCGAGUUAUAGGGUCGCGAACUUGUAAAAAAAAAACGUUAAUCCGGCAUUCUCGAGCGCGAUUUUAAUUUUUUUUAUUUUGAAGAAUAUAAUCUAAAACUUACUAAAAAUACAAAAUCUGCCAGUUUCCGCAUGACCGGAAGUGUGGAGGAGCCAUUUCAUCUUCCGAAAAACGCGUUGCGGCAUAUAAGUCGCGAACGAUACAUUUUACAAAAAAAAGUUUAAAUAAACAAAAAAGGUAAUUUUAUUUUACACAAAAAAGGUCUCUUUACAUUUUUGUCCAAAGUUAAAACUUUUUGACUUGAAGCAUCAUAAAAACUCAAACUCCCGGUUUUUUGAGUAUAUCUCGAAAACUGAGGGUGUUAAAAAAAAUUGAUAUGAAAUAACGAUGAUUAAAUUAUGUGACUUAUUAUAUGUCAAAAUUUUUUUUUUUUUUUUCUAAAGCUUCUCGACAAUUUUCGAAUACGAAUAAAUGAAAACGAAUACGAAUGAAUGACGAUAAGGACUACCACAUCAGCGGUCCUCAGCAAAUCCGAUUAGUAGACUUUGCGAAGGACUUGAAAAAUAUCAAGUUCAAAGAAGCUCUAGUCAAGUUUUUCAUUGAUCUUUGGAAUAGUCAAGAGAUGGCCGUUAUUAUUCGCAACAAAACAAUCUAUUUGAACCACGACUUGUGCUACGUCUUCAAAGUCGUCGAUGGAAUAGUGCAGAUAACAAUCGAUGAUAAGCUCUUAUGCUCAAGUCACGAAGAAGCCGACACGAAGACAGUUUUCCUUGCCUGUCAAUUGCCACAAGGUUCUACAACAAUCAUUCGAACAUCAGACACAGAUAUUCUGGUCAUUGUGUUGGCCAAUGUGGAGCAUUUGAACGAAUCGGUUAGAGUGUGGAUGGAUCUCGGAGUCGGUAAUGCACGUCGCUAUAUAGAUGUUUCGGCACUGUCAGUUCAGUUAGGCUCAAUGCUUUCACGCGCACUGCCUGCUUUCCACGCUUUAACAGGAUGCGAUUUUAAUCCAGCAUUGUAUAAACGAGGCAACAAGAGACCUUUUGAUAUUUUGAAAAAAUCUGAGAUCUUUCAAAAAGCGCUCGGUGAUGUAGGGUCGAUCGUUGUGAUAUCCAAACAACAUUACAUCUACAUUUCAUCUACAUUUACGUUGGUUGCAUCUAUCGCUUUAUUGUCAUUCUUAAAAUCCCCGUUUUAUCAAGGAGAAAGAAAGGAAAAAAAAGAAACCAAAAAACCUUUUUCGGUCAGAUUAAGAGAACCCACCAACAUUUUUGUCAGAUUAAGAAAAUAUGCGUUCAGGAUACCGAGAUAAACCUCCCCUAUGAAAAUCUGACGCGCUCGAGUAUUUCAAAAAAACUUUAUUUUUUUGCAUUUUCAAAAAUUCAUCGUAACUUAUCGUCACGCCGAAAUCGUCAGUUUUUUUAAAGGGAGCUUCCUUGGGGCCUACUUAACACUCCUUCCGAAAAUCUGACGCGCUCGAGUAAUUUUUUUUUUUGCAUUUUUGACUACUUUAUAUUCCUACCCCCACCACGCAAACCGGCAGAUUAGUAUACCGUUGUUAUCAGAGGCACUUGGGGCAUACGUAAUAUGAAUAUCUGACGCGCUCGAGAAUGCCCAAGUAACUGUUUUUUUUAACAUUUUUGAAAAACCGUACACGCCAAACCCACCGCUAAAAUGGUGUUUACCAUAAGAGCUUUUCUUUUCGAAAUUAUUUUAUCUUUCGAUUUUGAUAGGUCUCGACGGCGCCGUUGAAUUACGCCAUUUAGCUACCUCGCCUCCCUAACUAUUAGGAAGUAUGUAGGUAGUCAGUUUCCUAACUUUACCAGUAUGAAAGAGAAUAGGUAAUAGUAUUUAGGUAAUAGUAUAAGAAGGGUCAAAAAAGGCGAGUGGCGUGAGUUACAAUGUGAGCCGGAGCCGAAGGCGUAGGCGAACAUUGUAAAGGAAUACGCCACGAGCAUUUUUUGACCUACUUAUACAACGUUGCAUACAAUAUUUUUCCUACGAGUCAACAAAAAUAAAUCUUAAUUUAGGUAAACAAAGCAAAAGUAGGUAUAUAGCCAAGACGCGCGAGCAUACCUUGUUACCCGCCCGGCCCGCCCCGGCCGGUCGGCGACACCUUCUCGUAACUCAUGAGGCCCUGGUACUUGCUACUUGCUAAAUUAAAUUUUUGGACAGUUUUUUCUCAAUUUUGGCCACCGUAGCCUACGGAGACUAACAAGCAACGCUAAGCGGUCUUCGUAGUCUAUGGGUGUUGCUAUAUUACGGGUGUCACAUGCGUGUUUCUGACUUAUGAAGUAAUUAUUUUUACUAUGCAACCAAAUGAAUAUUUUGUAAGUUGGCAGCAAUGCACUUAGUUUAAAACUGUAUUCGUUUUGGUUUUGUUAGGUUGGUAGCCAUUAAUCGCAGUAACGUUAUAGCGAUUAAAAGCACAAGAGCUUUUAUGAGGAAUAGACAAUAUAGACUUUUCUUGAAACCUUUUAUAUAUGUUCUUAUAUUCGUGUUAAUGAAUGCAUAAAUGACAGAUAACAGUAGAGGAGUAGGAAAAAUCUCUUAGGUAAUCUACUAAGGUGGGUAACAUACUAAUAGGUAUUUAGUAGGUAUACGAAAACAAUUUUAUUUGUAUUAAUAUUGUCAUUUUUAUUUAUUCAUUCUUAAUAAAUGUAAAAUAUGCAUAUUAUUGUAUUAUGGUUGUUUAAGGAUCUUUAGUUAUGUAUAAUGUAUUCUUGUGAAUAAAUAUAAGUUUACUGUUUACUCUUAGUUGUAAAUAUAUUUUUAAUAAAACAAUAAUUAACUUUGUGUUUGUU